AUGAUCUUGAAUCAAAGUUGGCUUCAUGAAGCUUGUGGAAGUUGUGAGAUAUGCGCAGUGGAAUAUGUCCAUUGCCCCAAACAGAAUAAUUCGGGCAGAAAUGUGCCUGGAACAUUUCAACAAUAUUGCGUGGCAAAAGCAGCGUAUGUUGUUGCUAUUCCAGAUGAGAUUCCUGCUGAGAUUGCAGCGCCCCUGCUUUGCGGCGGUAUCACUGCCUAUGGAGCACUGGUUAGGGCCAAAUUAAAUGUCGGAGACUACGUGGUCUUCACCGGUGCUGGUGGUGGCCUCGGCCACCUUGGUGUGCAGAUUGCACGAAGUCUAGGCUAUCGAGUCAUAGCCAUCGACGCAGGGGACAAAGCGACCGUCUGCAUGUCACUAGGGGCAGAGCACUUUUUCGACUUCCGCAAGAGCGCCAGUCUUAUCGAAGACGUCCGCUCGGUCACUGGAGGCCUUGGCGCACAUGCCGUUGUCUGCAUUACUGGUGCCAAAAGCUCAUAUGAUGAGUCUCUCCCUAUGCUCCGAAACUGUGGCAAACUGAUAUGUGUCGGCAUUCCGCCGUCUUCUUACCGACUUCAGGUGAAUCCUUUCGAAAUGCUAGUACGUGGGUUAACAAUUAUUGGCUCAACCGUGGGAGACAAAAGCCAGAUGCCAGGAUUGAUGGAACUAGUAUUGAGUGGAAAGGUGAAGCCAGAGGUACAAUUAUUUAACUUCGAUGAGCUACAGGCUGUGAUGGACAAACUAGCAGCCGGUCAUAUUAUUGGUAGAGCCGUACUUCGUAUGCCUCAGUAG